AUGGCCGAAACUGUUGCAAAGAAGCUCAAGACCUCGUCCCCCUUGAUCGGGACUCACAACGGCCACUUCCACGCCGACGAAGCUCUAGCCGUCUACCUGCUCCGUCUCUUGCCCACCUACGCCUCCUCUCCACUCGUGCGCACCCGCGAUCCCGCCCAACUGGAAGAAUGCCACACCGUCGUCGAUGUCGGCGGUGUCUACGACGCCGCCAUCAACCGCUAUGAUCACCACCAGCGCACCUUCUCCACCUUCUUUCCCAAGCAUGAGACCAAGCUCUCCUCCGCCGGCCUGGUGUACAUGCACUUCGGCCGCGCCAUUAUUGCCCAACACCUAUCCCUACCCGAAGACCACGCGGACGUCGACCUACUGUACGAGAAGCUGUACACCGACUUCAUCGAAGCCAUUGACGCCAAUGACAACGGUAUCUCCGCCUACGAUCCCGCUGCCCUAUCCGCCGCCAAUCUGGAGAAGCGCUUCAAGGACGGCGUCCCCCCCGGUGAACCCCAGGAUGAAGACUCCCUCUUCGGCCGCGCUAGUACUCUAAUCGGAAACGUUUUCGCCCGCAAACUGCACCAGGCUGCUAACUCGUGGAUGCCCGCUCGCACAACUGUCGGCAAUGCUUACAAGUCUCGCACCGAGGCCCACUCCUCCGGCCGUAUCUUGAUCUUGCCCCAAGGCGGUGUUCCAUGGAAGGAACACCUGUAUAACUUUGAGCAGGAGGCGCAGGCUGCCGGUGCGGAGCAGGUUUACUACGUUUUGUACCCCGAGAGCGCGGCUGAGGAUGCUAAGUGGCGCGUGCAGUGUGUCUCCGAGUCGGAGGGUAGCUUUGUCUCCCGUAAGCCUCUUCCUGAGGCGUGGCGAGGCGUGCGCGACCAGGACCUUGAUGGUGUUAUGGCUACUGAGGCUGAGAAGGCUGGUCAGGAUAAGUUGCCUGCUGGUGCGGUCUUUGUUCAUGCUAGUGGGUUCAUUGGUGGUCAUAAGACGAAGGAGGGUGCUAUGGCUAUGGCUGUUCGUAGCUUGGGUCUGUAG